AUCAGCCAAUAGAAGGCGGACGGAUUUUGAAGUUCACACUUACGAUAAUUGAAAUCAAAGUAGAAAAGUAUUAUUUUUUAAUUUUAUUUCUCCGAAAGACGUUAACGGGAAUGUGAAAGUGCCGAUGCCCGUGCCAAAUGACCAGUGGCGGUGGCUAAUAAAUUAAACCAAGAAUUUUGAGUACACCAUGGAUUAGUGCGGGCCGUGACACGUAUCCAGCCGCAGAAUAUCGUACACAAAACAAACGGAAUUUAAGUUUACCGUAGAGAUAAAUAACAAUUAAACAUGGCCCUAACAAUGGAGAAGAAAAAUGAUCUUGACUUUAUUAUGAAGAGCUUGUUGGCCGGAGGUGUCGCCGGUAUGUGUGCCAAGACUACCGUAGCACCUCUAGACCGCAUCAAGAUCCUGCUGCAAGCCCAGUCCAUACACUACAAGCACCACGGAGUCAUUGGCGGGCUCAUGGCCAUAGUCAAGCAGGAGUCCCUACUAGCACUGUACAAGGGGAACGGAGCCCAAAUGGUUCGGAUAUUCCCAUAUGCCGCUACACAGUUUACAAGCUUCGAGAUUUAUAAAAAGUAUCUAAGCGGUCUAAGCAUCCCGAUGGUCCGGCACGGCGACAAGUUCGUGGCGGGCGCCGGCGCCGGCGUCACCGCCGUCACGCUCACCUACCCCCUCGACACGAUACGGGCGCGCCUCGCGUUCCAGGUGACGGGCGAACAUCGCUACACGGGCAUCGCGCACGCCGCCACCACCAUGCUCCGCACGGAGGGCGGUAUCCGCGCGCUAUACCGCGGCUUCGUGCCGACGCUCUGCGGGAUGGUGCCCUACGCCGGCUUCAGCUUCUACUGCUUCGAGUACCUGAAGUUCUUCUGCAUGAAGUAUCUACCCACGUCACUGUGUCGCAAGUGCGAGAGGAACACUGGCGGCCUAGUACUAACGGUGCCCGGCAAGCUGGUGUGCGGCGGUCUGGCCGGCGCGGUGGCUCAGAGCGUGUCGUACCCGCUCGACGUCACGCGGCGACGCAUGCAGCUGGCCUGCAUGGACCCGGCCACCGCUCAGUUCGGCACCGGCAUGAUACGAACGCUAACGCUCAUCUACCGCGAGAACGGCAUCGCGAAGGGGCUCUACCGCGGGAUGAGCAUCAACUACAUCCGCGCCAUACCCAUGGUCGCCACCUCCUUCUCAACAUACGAGCUCAUGAAACAACUGCUGCAACUCGACACUGGCAUGAAAGUCGCGUAAGGGUACUCAGUGGACGCUUGAACGGAGGCGACCGACGGCACAUGCAUGCAAUCAUAUACUCUGUCAGUAGAAAAGUCGCGAAAUUCAAAUUUUCGUUGGAAGAACAACUUCGCGCAUACAUUUUUUAAAUUUGUCCCUUUUUUCUACUGACGAAAAUGGCUUGCCAAACUAUAUGUCUCAAUUCACACAACUCACACCUUGGACACGCAACGCUGCAACGCCGCGCCGGUCGCUUGCCACUGUGGAGUCCUCUAUUAUUUAUUUCGCUAUGUGCGAAGUUCGUAGGGGAUACACGACCGGCAAAAACUUGGAGAAAACGCGAACUCUCAUGGGACAUCUUCAUAAUAUUUGACAGCUGCAGAUAGCUAUUGUGUCCCAUUAUUUGCUGGAGCGGCGCUACAGUCAUACACAAAAUUGGAGAGGAUCGGACCCUAAUGUUUCUGUUGGUGAUUGUUUUGAAUUUUCGGCCCACAUACACUGGACAUGUUUGUGCUUGUAAAAAAAGUGUUUACGCUCCUUUCACUUUUAUAUUACUCUCUUGUUUUUAAAGUAACAUGAAAAUUGAAGAAUUAUCGACAGAGACAUUAGCGCUUUUGUCAUUUUGUAAGAUUGAGACUGAACCAUCAACAUAUUGUUAAAAUAUGGCAGGUUAAAUUCAAUUUAAUCUCGCCUAAAAUUAAGAAAACAAUGAUAAAGACAGUUUUGUAAAGACAUUACUUAAUUAGGCUAAGCGAAAGAAACGUCAAUUCGACUUAUAAAAUAUUUCAGUGUUUAUUUAUUUUAGACUUAAGUUUAAUCUCCGCUAUUAAAUAGCUCUGUUUUAUUACACCGCGACAUGAAGUAGUCGAUUAUUUCUGUAGUACAAAUAAUUUUCAUUACUAGGGCAUUUACUCUGUAAAAAAAUCGCAAUCAGUUGUGAAAGAUUGCGAUUUUUUUCUAUGAAACACUGCACCAGAAUACUGCCACUGAUGUGUCAUGCGGCAGUAUUGUUCUAAAAUCUUGUUAAGUAUAAGUAUUACACCAUAAACUACAGUUUCUUAUAUUCAUACUUCAGAGGUUUCGUCGCAGAUAGGUAUCUGUUAUUGCGGUAAUAAUUUAACGAAUAAAAAUCCUGGUAAACCGUGACAUAACAUACUAAACUUCUAGUUAAAUUUUCGUAUGCGGCUUGUCAAAUCUGAUCAUUGAAAAAGUGACCUUGACACAAUAAAUUCCCUUUCCCGCGCACGGAUCCGUGUCUAAGCAUACGAGGGGUAAUACAAAUAGUACUAAUUCCUCUAAUGUGAUUUAAUCUGCUCAUUUUCAUUCGCAACUGAUUAGCAUGUUUUGUUUCGUUUGAUAUCAAAACAAAAGAAAUUCAGUCAUAUUUUCUUCAUUAUUGAUUUCUAAUUCAAGAUGGGCCUUAGGAGGAUAAUUUGAGCAUGAUAAGUAAAUAGUAUUGAGCUCAUAUGUAGCUUUAAUAGUAUAAGAUACUCGUAUGUUUGCACUUUUCUUGUCACAACAUAAGUGCGAGUAGAACUCGCGCACGAAGGGUUCCGUA